UGUCAGAAUAACAGAGUAGUCAGUCUUUUGAAAAUGGGCGGGGACAGUGUAAGUCCUGUCAGAGAUAAUUAUCCGAAGCGCAAAGUAACAGGACCAUGCUACCCAGAAUUCGCUUUCAAAGCUGUAUCGUACACUCGAAAGCUCGAUGUUGGAUCUCCGCCUAGGGCCGGUGCUUUCUUGCAAAGACCGCUAAAACAUCAUACACAGUUCAAGGUCUUUUAUGAUCGAGGUGACUUUCCCAUAGCUCUGGAGCAGGAUAGUAGAGGAAACAAAAUUGCAUGGAAAGUAGAAAUAGAGAAAUUGGACUACCAUCAUUAUUUGCCACUGUUUUUUGAAGGUUUAGCAGAAACUGAACACCCAUAUGAAUUCUUUGCUAAGCAAGGUGUUCAUGAUUUGCUUGAACACGGGGGAAACAAAAUUCUUCCGGUUGUACCACAACUUAUUAUUCCAAUAAAGUCUGCCCUUAACUUACGUCAGCACAAGGUCUGCUGUACAGUCCUUAAAGCCCUUCAACAUUUGGUGCUUUCAGAUGAAAUGAUUGGAGAAGCUCUUGUACCAUUCUACAGACAGAUUUUGCCUAUAAUGAAUACCUUUAUAAAUAAAAAUAAGAAUUUGGGUGACGGAAUUGAUUAUAGUCAACAAAAACGCGAGAAUCUGGGUGACUUAGUUCAUGAAACUUUGGAAAUACUUGAAAUGCAUGGGGGAGAAAAUGCCUUUAUAAACAUUAAAUACAUGAUUCCAACUUACGAAUCAUGUAUGCUCCAGUGAUUUAAAGUAAAAGAGACAUUUUUUGCCAUUUGUGAUCAAUACUAUUCUCUGUAUUAACUGGUGGAAUAUAGUUUAAGAAUAAUAAUUGGUGUGCCCAACUCUUAAUACUCAUAUCAUUAACAUCAAAACUUUUGAUCCACAUCAGUAACUGAUAUAUUUUUGAAUCUAUUAUUGUUUUUCUUCGAGGAACUUGUAAACUUACCAGAUGUGCUUUUAAUUUCGAAGUGUUUUGUGCUUGUUUAGAAAAGAUGUUUGCAUGAUAUGAUUUUAUUUUACUGAGUGAUUUCCAUAAAAAUUAACUGAUAUAUUAUAUUUAUGUAUAUAUCCUUUUAUCUUAAGUUUUAGAAUCGACGAUCAGAUGAUCGCGAUACUAUAGAAUUUAGUUUUCUUUGUUUCCUGAGUGAAACACUGCCUUGUUUUAUCUGUUUAGCUUUUAACUAGAUAAUUAUUUCCCUCAUGUAUUAGGUUUUAUGCCUCCGGUAUUACUUAUGGAAAGUUUGAAUAAAAUUAUAUGCAGUUGUGAGAGGUAAAUUCAACCACAUACAGGUUAAAUUGACCGGAUACAGCUUACUGAAAUCUAUCAAAUAAUGGCGAACCUUAUUAAGAACUUUUACUGAGACAGCUUUCGUAAAAUAUUGUGAUAAUUUGAAGCUGCCACUUGUUUCCUUGAGAUAUAUUUGCUUGCGAGAUAUUCUGCAAGAAGAAAGCCUUGCACGACUUUCUGUGAUUAUUAAAUCAAUUACAUUUUUCUACUGACUUAU